AUGCUCGUAAUUACAGAAAACACAUUCGAAAAAACCAACAACCCAAAGUAUCCAAGAGGGAGCAAAGUGGCAGUCAAAAGAAACAACUCCCAAGUGAAAGUCAUAUCAAACAGAAUCACCCCAUAUUGUGGAGACAUAACAAAAAGCAAAAGGGAGUUAAUAAAAACACGUAAGUUCAUAAAGGAAAGUGAUAAAAUAAAGUACCACUAUCUAUAUGCAAGGAAACAUUUAUGCAAUGGAAAACAUGAAAGGAAAAUAAAACUUUUUUCCGUAGAAAAAACAAAAAAUUUAAACCAUUUGGAAAAUUUCUCCAAAAAUAAAAAGAAAAAAAAUCAAGUCAUAGCAAGGAGAGUUAACUAUAAUAUUAUCUUAAAAAAUUCGUAUAGAAAAAAUGUUUUGUAUGGAACAAAUUCCUUUUUAGUACAUUUAAAAGGCAAGAGAAGGAAAAGCCACAAUAAGAGAAGCGCUCGAAAGGAUUGCUUAAGUGUCCGGGAAGUUGCUUUGGAGAAGGCUAAAGAUAUAGAUGGGAGACAGGCCCCCAGUCUGCAUCCACUAAGGGACGCGUUUCACGUUAAGGUAAAAACAAAUCAUCACCAUGUAGCAGCUAGCCAAAAUGUCGCAAAAAAUCAACAGUUUGAUGAUAUAGAAGUAAAUAGUGCAGAUGCAGAUGGCAUAGUUUCGAAUAAUUCCGCGUUAGACAUGCUGACCGUGGUCGUGAACAGGGAGAGGCAACAUCCCAAUUCGCAUCUAAAUAGGCAUUUAACCAGAAAGGCACUUCUCAACACACGUAGCAUGCGAAAAUUAACAACAAAUAGUUUAAUAGAUUCCAUUAUUAGUUUAUCAAACGAGCUGAAUAAGACAAGCGAGAAAAAAGAUGACUCCAAACAAGAGUACGACAAAAGUGUACUGCACUAUGUGCACAAAAUUUUGAGUGACCACAAUUUCCAUUACGACAUCGUUAGUAGUGUAAAUAAGAACGAAAUAAAGGAGUUAAAAAGGAAAGUAAAAAAAUACAAUGAUAUUCCAAACUUUUAUUUUAGAAAACUGUUUAAGCAUAUAGGGGAGAAAAACGAGAGCAAUCUAAAGCUAAAAAAAAAAAAGAAGAAGAAGAAGAAGAGUCACGUUUAUCAGCCUGUCAACCCUGUUGAGCGUGCAAAUUUGAGCAAACAAGGGGGAAGUAACUCUUUGAUGAGAAGGAUAGGGACAAAGACGACAAGUAAGCACCUAACCAAUUUUAAGCCCCCUUUGAACGACCAAAACGUGGACUCAAGGGGUGACCACGCCAAAGUGGGGAAUGCAUCUGGGAAAGAAGGAGUAGUAGAGAAGAAGACACAUGUGGGGGAAAGAGCAGCCAGCGGAAACCAUGGCAACCAUGGCAACACCAGUGCUACUGUCACUACUCUAUGCAACCAAAUCAAGCACAGGAAUCAGGAGAAAGAGAACACAUUGUUGUGUGUGAUGAGCGCACCAAAUGAGUAUAAAAAUAAUUUUCAUUCGGACAGCAACUCGCAGCACUGCGUCAAAAAAUGCAUGUCUACUUUUACAGACCCGAAGAAGCAUAUCCCCAAAAGGGAGAACCAUUUGGACCAUAAGUUGGAGAAGGAGUACCCGUCAAUAGAAAACAGCCACUCAGGUAAAUCUCCCAAGACAGAGAAAAGGCUUCGUCAAAUAAAUUUAAAAAAGGAAAAGUGGACAACGUGCAUUGUGCACAAAAAAUUGAGUGUCCACGAAAAUGUGCUUCUGUGCAGUGAGAAAAAGAAGCUGCACGAAAGAACAUAUAAUUUAAGCAGCUUCAAAUUUUCUGAAAAUACGGAUAGUAGUUGUAUGCUUUCGCAUGUAGCCAAUGCGAGUAUUGCCCCUAGUGUUAUGAGUAGCGCUACUGGUACGCUUAGGAAAAAUUCCUGCGAAGGGGCCCCCGGCGUUGUUACGCAGUAUGCACCGGUUCAUAUGAAUAGCGCUGACCGUAUUAGGAAGGAUGAGUGGAUAUUUAACACUAGUGAGACGCAGAAUGCUCGGAGUGGCAUCUCAAAUGACAGGAAAAAAAAGGACAAUCGUAGUUGUAGCUGUGGCACUUCCGCGAACGUGUACAACGAGUGCACAUUUAGCCCGAACAAUGUUAAGAGAAAUGAUUCGUUGGUUAACUCCACCGAUGAUAAUGCUAGUAACAACGUAUAUUUUAGUGCAUACAAUCAGAGUAGUCACACCAUGAGCAACCUCCACUGCAACAAUAUACAAUGCGUGAGCAACCAGUGUCGCAGUUUUUUCAAAAGCAGCUACAAGGAGCAGAGUAUUAUUUCUACCUUCAGCAGUUCAAUCAGUAGGCAUCGUAAGGAUAAAUGUGGCGUUGCACCAGCGGUGGGGAUCCUUAACCGGGGAGGUGCACCCCAAGGAAAAGAGAGCAACGAUGAUAAUUCCGCUAUUCCUAUUAUCCCUUUUCAGCGAAGCGUUAAGACCAAAGCUGUAGACGCUGAUGCUGGUUCUGAAAGGGACAACACGGGAGAGAAGCAGAACAUAAGAAGAGACCCCCCCGAAUUGGCAGUAAACAAUUUGGAGGACCAGAAAAGUCUGAGGUCAAGCGUAAACUCGCUAACGAGCGCUGAGUUGAUAAAAACACCCGUGCUAUCAAAUAUUCAGAACAGCCAUUUUGAGGGGAUUCCCAAGAUAGGCGAAAACGACAGCACCUCCUCCUCCUUUUGCAUCUUCAAGACGAAACAGAGAAGGGAAAGGCCCUCAAGUAAGACCCCCCUAAUUGUUGACACUCCGAAUUUGCUCAACACGACUAAUGACAUUGAUUUCCUAGCAAAAGGUAGAAACAGGGUAGUAAACAAUUUUGCUUACAAUAAUAAAGACAAAAAAAUGAAUAACAAUGAUGAUCACAAUUUUUUGGUUGAAGAAUGUUUGAAGAAAUGUUUGAAGGAAAAUGCGUCAAAAUUUAAAACGAAUGAAGAUUGUGAAAGGUACUGUAAUGAAGAUAAGAUCCUAAAUCCUGAUUACAUUCCGCAAGAGUCGAAAAGACUUGGUGAAAGAUUUUUACAGAGUCACAAGGAGAAGUUUGUUGCAUCUUAUGGCAACUCCAGUUUUCAUUAUCAACCUUAUAUGAGCAAUGCAGAAUGUGGAAAUAGUUGUUUUAAGCAGGACCCACCUGGAUAUAACCUGUACAACGAUCCGAACGCGCAUUUUAUGAAUAAUAUGAAAAUUAACGUAUUUAACAAUACGGCUUCUCAAAAUACGUCUAAUAGCACUUUUAACAACGUCGGGAUUUACAGCAACAGCCAUAUCAAUUCUAUCAACAAGGAGUAUUACUUGAAGAAGGGAAACGAGUACAGCAAUGAUGUUUUCAUAAAAUAUUAUGAGCAGUAUGCAAAUAAAGACAAUGAUAAGAAUGAGGGAAAGAAAUUUAAUUACACAGAUUGCUACGAUUUUAAGAAUACCCUCCUUAAUGGACUAAGCAGAGAAGAGAGCUUCGGAUCCGAUGAUGAUCUAAAAAAUGAAGACAAUGAAAUGAACUUUCUGAAAGAUUCGUUAAACUCUUUUGAUAACUUAGAAUCUACGGAGAAAAAAUAUGAAGAGAUAUUACGAGACUUUAAUGGGAAAAUACCUCUACUACAUAAGGUGUUGAAGCCCUUGCCAAUGAAAAAUCGAUCGAACAACUUUGACAUUUGUUUGUACCUACUGCAGAAGCAUGGAGGAGACCUAAACAAUGAAGAAAAUAUUUGCAUCUUAAGGGACAAAGAAAUUGUUCAACAUAGUGCCAUUUAUGAUGCUAAAAAAGGGUGCAUAAAAAGUAAUAUAACAAAUGUGACAAAUAUAAAAUUGUACCACCCCAAGUGGCAUAACAAGAAGAAGAUAGUGGAGAGGUUGAAAGAACAGAGUUGUUUUAAUCCCUUCACGAUAUUCGGAUCUGCUCCGAGUUUGCUCGAUUUUGAUGAAGUGUUUGACAAAGAUGUGUAUAAUAAAUUCGUUUCAAGGAAUAGCCGUAAAUCCCAUUCUCUCCUACGGAUACUAGCAAAACAGAAAGUGAUUAACAACCUUAAUGACAAAAUAACGGAUAAGGAAUGGCCACAAGUACACUCCUAUUUAAAAAAAAGGUGGAGUAAAGAAACAAAUAUUGAACUGAAUUGGGCAUGCGACCCUUUACUGUAUGAAGAACUGGAGUGGUAUUUAAGCACCAAUAAUGAAUACCUGAACAUGACUGACAAGGUUGCGGAUAUUGAGGUUUGCUACUGCCCCACUUUGGAUCCUAGUUCGUAUUAUGCAUGGAACGACUCCAGGGUUAUAUAUACGAACUUGUGCUACAAUAAAGGGAAGGAAGAUGCUGAGCCGACUAGCCAUUCUGUGAAGGACAAGUACGCAGGGAACAAGAACGCAGAACUGAAAAAUAAAGAUAAGCAGGUCUCCUUUAGAAAGAGGGCAAGCGGGUGUGAGCACCUCAUGUUUCAGCAGAACUUGAUGAAACAGAAGAAGUUGUCCAAAAGGAAGAAAAAACUCUUAAAAAAGAAAAAAAAAAUGCUCAAGGAGAAAAACCAAAUGUUGAGGGAGCAAAGUAGACGGUUUGCCGCGAACAAGGAUGGGGGCGGCGUAGAUGUGGAAGCUGCAGAUGUGGAAGCUGUAGAUAUGGAAGCUGCAGACGCAGCCGACGCGGCAUCGUCCGGAGUUUUUCACAUGGAAACAAAAGAGGGGUCUGAAAAUGACUACAAACAUGUGUAUUCCUCUCAGCACAACAAGACGAAUUUUUCAAAUGACCCGUGCAUGAGCAUGAGGAUGAGAAUCAACAUGGACAUGGGCAUGCGUAUGAGUGCAUUGAAAAAUAAGAAGCACAACCAUGAUAGCGCGUAUUAUCCCAACAUUUUUUCCACGAAGAAGAAGAAAAAGAGUGUGUACCAUAACAAAAAUUACGACGAAGAUGUCAUACCGAUUAUGACCGUCAAUACGUCUUUGUACAGGCACAAUAUGGAUAACAAAUACAACUGCAGCAACACGGCAUUUGAUUACAUUAAGAAUAAGGAUAACACCAUUAAAUUUUUUGCCUCUCCGAAGAAAACAAGAAAGAAUAAUUCAGUUAAAAAAUCUGUUAACAAUUCGGAUAGUUUUUAUUUCUUAAAUUCCUCUAUGAUUAAUUCGGACAACAUUUACAACAACAAUUUGGACAGCUUUGAUUCUAAGGAUUCGGGAGAUGGUAAUGAUUAUUCCACAUCUAUUUUUCACAAGGAUACAUUCGAUGCUUCAGAUGAUAAGAUGAGAAGCAAAAACCAAGUGGACACAAGAAAUAAUCCCAUGGGUGGUGGCAUGCAAUUGGACAGAUUUGACAAUGCCUCGGAGAACUUAUGCGAAAAUUUGCGAAUGAACGAACACACUAGUUACAUUAGUAAUAACAAUAUAUACGAAUUUAGGGGUACCAAAAAUGUGUAUGACUUUAGAAAGAAUGACAAUGAUGGGAAUGGAAAUAGCUGUGGCAUGGGCUACAUGACAAGGGAUAAUGAGAACUUCUCAAGCAAAGGUGGAAGUUUUUGCUACAGAGGAGGAGGACUUACUAAUGACUACACGCAACCGUUUCACAUGAGCAUGGCGGACAAGUAUGGAAACGCGAAUAACAAUGUGAAUAUGAACAUAUUUAGCAAUAUACGAAUGUACGAGCAGAAUUUUAACAAGAACGGGGGUGAUGGUGACAGCAGGAACAGCCUCAGUAGAGAUUACGACAUGGACAACCAUGGCGGUAGCUGCAUGGGAAAGGGACCCUUCACCAAGAGUAGCUUCGUGGAUAGAAGCUAUUACGACAUGGAGCAAACGAGUUUUUCCUCGAACAACUUCGGCCAUUUUUCAACCAGGGAGAUGGCCAAAAAUGAGCUGCAGUACAACAGCAUUUUCCGCACCGGUUUGUCCAAGCCCAACUUCGCGGAACAAAGCCAAAGUCAAAAUCAAAGUCAAAACCAAAGUCAGAGUCAAAGUCAAAAUCAAAACAAAACGAAAUUCCCCAUUGAGUUAAGUGAAAGGUACCCCAGCAAAUGCAAGGGGACAAACGCGGAGCACGGUGACAGUCAUGGAGACAAUGGCGGCGGAAACCGCCACAACAACCGCAAUGACGAUGCGGUCAGUGGGGAUAACUGCAACUAUUUCGAGUGCAAGUAUGAAAACAGCUCAAACAAACAUGCUAGCGGAAAAAACAGCCAAAUGAUAGCGGACUAUUUUCUCAGCAAGAAUGCUGAAAAUUACGACCCGACGGGGAAAAAAAAAAUAAUAAAUGAGCAGUAUAGCACUGGCGAAUCUCAGAAAAGUAUGAACAACGCUAAGGCAGACAUGAACGUCCUGAAGAUUACGCAACAAAAUAUUGACAAAAAAUAUAUUCUAGAAAAAAAAAUUAAAAGCAGUAUGUCAUUUUAUACAAAUAAGAAAGACACAGAUAAUUCGACAGUAACUUUUAAUUCGAAAAGGUUAAGCAAUAGCAACAUUAUUGUUAACGAAAAUAGAAAAAUUAGAAGGUACACCAAUAAGAUGUGUCAGGAUGAUAACACAUCUUUUGAGCAUUCAGAAAAUGGCAAAGGACAGGGUAAUAAGAAAGGAAGUGUAGAAUCUCCUUCAAGCAGAACCAGCGAAACUUCGAUGUCUAGUGCUUUCAAAAUGGCUACCUCUGUUUUUAAAAAAUUAUUCUAG